CACACUGUUAUUAGAAUUGAUUGGCUGACGCCUAAAUUUCUCUAAUUUUUUAUGGCUUUGUAAGCAGCUAGAAGUUGUUGAGUAAUAUAAAAAUUCUGUAAAAAGAAAAGAUCGAGACUGUUCAGCGCUCUUGAAUAUAAUAGGUAAUUAUGCUGAUCUCAGUAAAGAUUUUGCAAGGAAAGGAAUAUUCAAUAGAGGUGGCUGCUUCCUCUUCAAUAAAUGAUGUGAAACGUUUGGUAGCCCAACAACUACAUAUUCCUGUUGAUCAACAGCAGCUAGUAUUUAGAGGGGAAACUCUUUCAGCAGAUGGCCUGAAUCUAUGUGACUACAACAUCAUGGAAGGAAAUAAACUACACGUUUUUGUUAGAAAAGAAGAGAAAGAUGCCAACAGCACCAGCCAGUCAGUGGUAUUGUGGAAUGAACUUGAAAAUUUUCUUCUCAAACACUUCAGCCCUUCUGAUGCAAAUUGUGUGUUAGAACAAUUUAAAAAGGAUUUUUCUUCUUCUGUGAGCAGUCUGAGCUUAGAUGACAUUGAAAGAAUAGCCAUUAUGAACUUGGAUGUAAAUGCUGCGUUCAGUGAGGAGUAUUCCCAAUCAUAUUAUCAGGAACUUGGAACAGUUGGAGAGUAAUAGAUGAUGUUUAUGUUACAGCAAAGACUCUUCAUUCCAUUGUUUAUUUUAAGGCUACAUUUUCAUUUGUUUGUUUUGAAGGGAUAUUAAUUCACCUCGGCAGUUCUAGAUCUUCAUUGAAAAGUUUAAUACUGAAUAUUUUCUUCAUAAAAGUUAACAUAAAAGAGGUAUUGGCUAUUACCUGCACCUGUUUUAUGUCUGUACAAAUUUGUAAAUUUUAAACAUUUUGUAUCCACUCACUUCUCCAGUGAUGUCUUCAUUUUGUACCUAAUAUGGGUUUCAUCAAUUGUAUCGUAAUUAAGUCAAAAAUACUUGUUGAAGAAAAAAA